AUGUCUGAUGAAAAUACCAGUAAAAGCCCUACAACAACAGUAACAUCAGAUAUGCAACAAAACGCUCUUUUCAGCCGUGGUGAUCACUUCUAUUGGAAAUGUGAAUAUGAAAAGGCGAAAACACAUUUUCAAACCAUUUUGCUUCAACCAUCAAUAAGUCUUCUUGACUCAGCUCGAUGUUAUAGUUCGCUUGGUGCAGCCAACACGAAAUUACAAAAGUAUGAAGAAGCAUUAGACAACUAUCAUAAGCAGCUUGAUAUUUUAAAGCAACUGAAAGUACCAAACAAAGGAGAAGGUGAUAUUGCUAAAUGUUUCAUGUCAAUUGGUAUGAUCUAUUGGUUGCAACGCAAUUAUGCACAAGCUCUUGAAUAUCAGGAAAAAGCACUCAAGAUUCUUUCUACCAUCACACCAAUUCAUGAUCUUACAUCAAAAGUUUACAAAAAUAUUGCUAAUUCAUACGUAAAAACAAAGGAAUUCAACUCAGCAUUUAUGUACUUUGAAAAGGCGCUAGAAAUCGAUCAUCAAAAUCCAAAAGUAGAUCAUCUAGAAUUUGGACAAACUUAUGCAGAUAUCGGAGCGAUGUUCUAUUUAAAACAAGAUUAUAAACAAGCAUUGAAUUAUUUUGUGAAAGCCCGUGAAAUAUUGUUGAAAUCUCUGGAACCAAGUCAUACAAAUAUUAAAUCAUUGGACAAGACAAUAACCACGGUUCAAUCAAAAAUAGGUAUGCAUAUGUCAAGAAGUACAGCGUUUGGGAAUGAGAAGGUAGACAUGAAGCGAGUCAAGGAGUUCAUUUACAUAGAGUUAAAAUUGUCGUAUUUGAAAAUUUAGGAGAAGAUUCUCUAUCAUUCGAGCAAAUCGCCGAAUUGUAUUGUCGUACACUAUUGUCGUUUUGAAUAUUUCUUAAUCAAUACUUCUUGCUUAGUUAGCUUUAAAGCAUAAGUACUUUUUGUGAAACACGGCCUGAAGGAAGUGUUGAAAUGUAGCGGGUA